CAAACCCAUCCACCCUCCAUGUUCCCAUUCCUCUCUCUCCUGCUUGGGAAAUGAGAUGCUGCCCAUACAACACUUUCAGAACCACUUCAGUUCAGAAUCUCACAAAACAAAGGAAAAUCUGAGUUUGCUUACCACAUUUCAUGAUUCAUCAUGUCUUGUUGACCUAGUGGUGGAAAUACCCAUCUAAAAUUUUCACAGAUGCUUGUUAUGGACAGAGGCAUAUAUUUACCAUAAUCUUGUUCUCUGGAUCUUCCUGAGUGAAAAGGAGCAUCAAAUUGGGCAUCCUGACUCAGGAUUUUCUGGCACAUCCCAUUGGUAAUGGUCAUGUCCCAUGAAAUGGUAUCUGCAGCAGAAAACCAAAUCACAAAUGAAGCAUCACACAUCCCUUCUGAGGUCACCUCAGAAGAGGAGUGUUUCAAACUAAGGCUGGAUCACAAGGGGAGCCCAGAGAAGGCCUAAGGUGACUUUUGACUUGCUUCAUUGCAUCCACGAGCUGGCUUUUAGUCCAUCAGGAGGUCUGACUCAGAGCAAAUCACCUGCACAAAAAUCUUUUGGCUUCACUUCUCAAGAAUCCAAAUUUUCAGCUAGUCCAUGGCCAGUUUAAUAUAAGCUCAUCUUUAAACCAGGUGAUCUUGUAGUGCUAUCAGCUCUUUUGGGCUUGAGUAAGACCUAGAACACCCAGCUAACCCCACCAGGAAGUUAGAAAAAUAAUCUCUAUUCCUUACCCUCUGUUGUCUUCCACGAUCCUUCCCUCCUGUUCCUUGCUAUGCUGAUUAUUUGUUUGUUGUGCUCUCAAGAAAACAUCCUCCAACACAGGUUAUAAAACACCCCUGAAAUUCCUGCUGGAUUGACACAUCAAGCCCAUGAAAAUGAAAGAGGAGAGGUUGUUUGCUUUGAAGUUCUGUCCAGAAGGAAAGGGCUUUGGAAAUGGAUGGCUUUUGUAUUUUUCUGUUAUGCUUUGGCUAAGCAAUGUGAUAUAGACAUCAUGGAUUUAGAGAUGGCAACAUAAAGUGGGAUUCAGCUCAUGUCAUGUUGGAGGUGUAAGUCAGAGCUUGUCCCUCUGUGAAUGCUCAUGGUCAUCAGAGAGGAAGAAACACUUUUAUAGUGUAAUUCCCCUUCAUCUUCCAGUUGUGAACUUUGCCCUGGAAAUGUGGAUAUUCCUCUUGUAUUGACUUUACAGGGAGUGCUGAGAACCAGCCCUUAAACAGGGCGAAUCCUGCUUAGCCAAACCCAGAGCUCCUGGGACUACAAGUCAUUUAGAUGGGGUGAGCCAGGAGUGAGUUGUUUGUCUGUGUUAGUCUGUCCUCAAGGGCCAGUUUCUUGUGAAAUCAUUGUAAUGAGGACAUGUUCUUAAUUAAGCCAGGAUUUGAGUCUGCCACCUCCUACAACUCAGCAUUAUCACACCUUUUUCUGGCUGGAGGCAGUGAGCUCUGAGUGACACCUUCAGAGGUGAAGGGAAGAUCAGCAUUGCUCACUGCACACAGCUGCCCCUCCCUUCUGUGCCACAUCCACGGGCUCCAGGGGAUGCCAAGGCCAGCAGAGAUGAGCAAAGGCACAGCCCCUGAGCACAAGGGCUGCUCUUCUUCAUGAGCAACAAGGCUCAUCCUCUGAAGCCUGGUCUGACAUAUUUCCUCUUGCAAUCAACAGCCUCAUUUCCACAUGGAGUCAGCCAGCAGUCAAACUGGAAAUCAUGUUGACGUAACUGCUAAUUACCCUUGGCAUAACUAAUGUGCAGUAGCAAAGCUUGUAUUUACUGUAGUGUGGGGAUGGCUGGCAGAUGAACCAAAUUGGUCCAGACACUGUUGAAAAAGAUCAGUCUCUCCUUAGGGACAGAGAUGAAUGUCUGGGGUCUCAUCUAGUUGCUGUCUUUUCCCUGGAGGAGUCUGAACCAGGAUUCUGCAACUGUGUCUUCCUCCUGGCCCUCUGAGAAAAUGUUCCUUGAGGGAGAGCUGCACAGCAGAGGUGCUUUAGGAUCACUUCUGGGACACAGGGGAAGACAGAAGAAGCAGCUGUUGCCUUUUCUGUGAACCUCUAAUCUUUGAUUUGAUUAGUGAAAUUCCCUGUUUACCACAACAGGCAGAUUUAUGACCGGGUAUAUAUUGCUCUGGGACUCCUGAGGGAUCAGUCAAGUGUUUCUCCAGGGAAAAGACGAAAGGAACUCUUUGGCUGCCUGUUCUGAGACUCUGCUUCAAGGGGAGCAAGAUCCCUUCACUGAAAUCCUCCUGCAAUGCUGUGGCUGCUGCUGCUGCAGGUGACGGUGAGCUGCCUCUGGCUGGGACACAGCGAGGUGGUGAAGUCCUUUGAAAGUUCAUGUCCUCAGUUUUUUUUCCGGGAGAUCCCCCCAAAUGAAGCCCUGGAGCCGCAGAAACCAGCCUGGAUCUGCCAGCGCUACAAGAACCAGUAUUACUUUGCCACCCUGUAUGACAGGAAGAUGCGUAUUCCUGUCUACUCUGCUUACAUCUACCAGCCUGGACCUGGCAAAAGACCUAAAACAUGGCUGGUUGAGCCCCAGCUGGUUGGCCUAAAUUAUCCUAAAACUAUGGAAAAAGAAUGGACACUCUUAAAUCGAUACAAUGUCAGCUUAGAGAAACUCAGCCAGAGCCAGGCUAUCCUUCAUGACUACAAGAACCUGACGGGUUUGAACCGAGGCCAUUUGAACCCCAAUGGCCACCAUGAUGACUACAGCAGCAGGAUGGCUACCUUCACCCUCACCAAUAUAGUGCCCCAGGAUGAGAAACUCAACGGCGGCGCCUGGAACAACUACGAGCAGCAAACGAUGAUCAGGAGGACCCAGGACUGUAAAAUCACCUAUGUCAUCGUGGGAGCUGUGCCUGGGAACAACUACAUUGCCAAGGGGAGGGUUAAUAAACCCAGCUACCUCUGGUCAGCGGCCUGCUGUGUGGUGGACAACAACUACAUAAAAGCUUGGGCGGUCAUCGCUGAGAACGACAAGAACCAGGUUCAGCUCCUCACACUGGGAGAGCUGGAGGACACUUUAACUGAGCUCUAUGGGAGGGGACAGGUUUCCUUGUUUGACAGUGACUGUCCCCGGGAAUAAGCCUCACAUCCUGGGUGGAACAGGCUCAGGAGCUUUUGCCGCAUGUCAUAGAAUCACAGAAUGGUUUGGGUUGGAAGGAAUUUCAAAGACCAUUCAUGUAGACUCAGCUUCCAUGCCAUGGACAGGGACACCUUUCACUAUCCUCAGUGGCUCCAAGCCCUGUCCAACCUGGCUUUGAACACUUCCAGGGAU